AUGGUUACUACAAACAUCAAUUCAAUUAUGGAUGCACAACCUCAUUUAUUAGCGCAAGGUUUGAGUGGACGACAACAGCCGUCACUUCCACCACCGAUAACGACCAAAAAACAACGAAAAAAAUGUCACGGUAAUCUUAAAUUGCAACGUUUUAAAAAGAAAUGUCGUAAACGAGGACUAACUAAAGAAGAAAUCGAGAAAUUAAUUGAUCAACAUAAUCAUACUGAUAAAGGUAAAAAACGAAUCUUACAUAAACAUAAUUACUAAAUGUAUUGUCGUAGACGUUAUAGAAACCGAGCAGAUGGAAGUAACUACAAAUUCCAAUAAUCAGA